AUGUACCCUCUAACUAGUAAAGUGUGUAGUAGUAGUAAUGCUACCUUUGUUAAUAGAUUAACUAGUCAUAUUUUAGCAACAAGACAAUAUGCUUCUACUGCAGCUAAGGUAGCCACUAGUAAUAAAGAUUCAAGUGCUAAUACCAAUGAACAAAAUCCUUUAGUUAAUCAUGGCACACAAGAAUCUUAUUUUGAUUAUGAAGGUGUAAUUGAAAAUGAAGUCUUAAAGAAAAGACAAGAUAAAUCAUAUAGAUUUUUCAAUAAUAUUAAUAGACUAGCUAAAGAAUACCCAAUGGCUCAUAGACAAUCAGAUGCUGAUAAAGUUACUGUAUGGUGUUCAAAUGAUUAUUUAGCUUUAUCAAAACAACCUGAAGUAAUGGACGCAAUGAAACGUGCUAUUGAUAAAUAUGGUGCAGGUGCAGGUGGUACAAGAAAUAUUGCAGGUCAUAAUAAAUUAACAAUGCAAUUAGAAGCCGAAUUAGCUGCAUUACAUAAGAAAGAAGGUGCUUUAGUAUUCUCAUCAUGUUUUGUUGCGAAUGAUGCAGUUUUUUCAUUAUUUGGUCAAAAGAUUAAAGAUAUGGUUAUCUUUUCUGAUGAAUUGAAUCAUGCAUCAAUGAUUAUUGGUAUUAAACAUUCUAAUUUAAAGAAACAUAUCUUUAAACAUAACAAUCUAGAAGAAUUAGAAACUAUGUUAAAACAAUAUCCAAAAUCUACUCCAAAGAUGAUUGCAUUUGAAUCUGUUUAUUCAAUGGCAGGUUCAGUAGCAGAUAUUAAUAAAAUUUGUGAUUUAGCUGAAAAAUACGGUGCAAUGACAUUCUUAGAUGAAGUCCAUGCUGUUGGUUUAUACGGUCCACACGGUGCAGGUGUUGCUGAACAUGUUGAUUUCGAGGCUCAUCGUAAAGCCGGAAUUGCCACUCCAUCUAUAAAGGAUAAUAAUGGUCAUAAAUUAGCCAUGGAUCGUGUUGAUAUCAUUACAGGUACAUUAGGUAAAUCCUUUGGUGCUGUUGGUGGUUACGCAGCUGCAAAUAAACGUAUCAUCGAUUUCUUAAGAUCUUAUGCUCCAGGUUUUAUCUUCACAACCACAUUACCACCUGCAGUAAUGGCAGCUGCAUCUGAAGCUAUUCGUUUCCAAAGAGGCAAUAUUGAAUUAAGAACCGCUCAACAAAAACAUACAACUUAUUUGAAGGAAGGUCUUCAAGAUUUAGGAAUCCCUGUUGUACCAAACCCAUCACAUAUUGUACCAAUUUUAAUUGGUAAUGCUGAUUUGGCAAAACAAGCUUCUGAUAUGUUAAUGGAAAAACAUAAGAUUUAUGUUCAAGCUAUUAACUUCCCAACUGUUGCAAGAGGUACAGAAAGAUUACGUGUUACUCCAACACCUGGCCAUACAGAUGAUUUAUCCGAUAUAAUGUUAGAUGCAAUGGAAGACGUAUUUACUGAAUUACAAUUGCCUCGUGUUAAUGAUUGGGAAGCACAAGGUGGUUUCUUAGGUGUUGGUGAUCCAAAUUUUAUUAAGGAACCAAAUCUAUGGACAGAAAGACAAUUAGAAUAUACUAAUAAAGAUUUGAAUCCAAAUGUUAAACAUCCAGUAAUUCAACAAUUAGAAGUAUCUAGUGGUAUUAAAGAAUAA